AUGCCACUGAUACCGGCGCAGCGGCCGUUUCAACUCGACUACCUGUCAAGCAAUCCGUCGUCGCCGCCGCCUCCACCAGAGGGACGACACCGAAGCUGCCAACCUCACGAUAAUCGCUGCAGAAGCAAGAAGAGAGGAGAAGAAGACAAGAAGAGCGAAGAGAAGAGCGAAGCAGAGGGAACAGAAAUAAGCGAAGCAGAGCAGAGCAGAGCAGAGAGCCACAACACCAAAACCAACGCUAGCAUCAUCCGAGUUCCAGUAGCGGCUGCAUCAGACGCAGCAGACGCAGCGCCAGCAUCAGCGGCGACGUUCGAUGCAGCGCUCGAGUCGUCCGCCAUAGCGUCGAGCAAUGGCAUGAGCAUGUCACCGCCAGUCAUGGAUGGAUAUGCAACCCGCCUGCAGGAGAGCGGUAGCGAUAGCGAAGACCAACAAGCCCUGCCGCAGCGGCAGCACCACCAGCAUCGACAGGCCCGGGAUCAGAGCCUAGCCCAGAGUCGGCAGCACCAGGGCCAGAUGCAGAACCAGCAGCCCCAGACCAGCGGCACCUCGCCCCCUCUCCAAAUCCACCGGAAUAACUUGGAGCGUCUCAGCGCUUCGAAUCUCAGGUCUUCAUUUAGGGUCAAUGCCAGCCCGAGACCUGGUCGCUCCCUCACACCUGACCUACUCCAAGGUCAUGGUGGUGCUGUGAGCGCUGCGCUUUCUGAUUCAAUCAUGGCCCACCCAUCCCGCGGCAUUGGCUCUCAGCAGGGCUCGCCUAGGUCUGUUCCCGGGAGCCUUGGUCGUCGCCAAGGCGUAGUCUUCAGCGAUACUGUUUGCGACUCUUCGGAUGGCACAGACUCCAGCCCCGCGACGCACCAGCAGAGAAAUGCAAACGCGAUACGGCCCAGGACGCGCACAAUGGACGCCUCUAUGCUAGGGCCCCGAGGCUCUGGCUCUUCCGCCACCGAGUUUCGACACAGAGUGAGCAGCGUCUCGUCGGGGUCGCAGCCCACCGUCGACGACCAGAAAACGUUGACGCCAGGUUCCGACCCUGCCAACUACUCGACGAUACCGGCCGUCAGAGUGCCUGAGAUCUCGACGCCAUCCAAGGACAAGAGUAGCAAAUCCUCUCACCACCACCAUCACAACAGGCGACUUCUGAAACGGCAGCCCUCUCGUCCGACUUCGCCGUUGGUCGCCCCGGCGCCUGCUAUCGAUUCCCUCCCGUACCCCAUCCCGACCGACGAUGCAAACCGCUUGGUGGUGCUGAUGAAGGCUCUGGGCGGCCGGAUGCGUGGUGAGCUCGAAUACCAGGGCGAGUACCGGGGAACAUGGCACACAGGAAUGGCAUACAUCGACGUGGAGAAAGGCACCCUCAUGUUUGGAUUAGGGCACACUGGCCAAAAUGCGUCGUUCCAUAUACCUCUCGUCUCAGACCUGCGAGGCUGUAAAGUUCACGUUACUGGCUACCCCGAUGCGGAGAGGGAGUGUCUGGAGAUUGUCCCCAGCGAACCUGGGUUGGAGCUCUUGAUCAGGCCCAUCAUGACGGAGGAGCUGGAGCUGUGGCUCGCGGCGCUUCUGUGCUGGCAGCAGCUCACGCCUCUCAACCUCAAAGUACCCAACGGCAAGCCCAGCAGCCCCGCCGGGCCCAUUCGCCCCGAGAUGAGACAGCGCGCCAAGUCGGGCGAUACUCCAAGGGCCACAAACAUCAUCAAAGUAGGCAAGUUUAUGCUUUGGGACAAGGGUCCCGCCAGGUCAGCUCGUGCCGUUGUCCAGCGGUCCUCAACGCGCGAUCACAUGCAUCCUUCCAUGUUUUGGAGAAGAGUUUCCUGCGUUUUACAAGAUAAUGGCGAGUUUAGGCUUCUUAUGGAGAACGAUGUUUCAGUCCUAUCCAUCAUUGAACUAUCUCAGCUUUCGCGGUGUGCCAUCCAGGGCCUCGACCGUUCCGUUCUAGAAGAAGAAUAUUGCAUUGCCAUCUUCCCCAUCUACGCCUCUACAGCAACGCAUAUAUCCGUCUACCGACCCGUCUAUCUGGCCGUGGAUAGCCGUAUCGACUUUGAAGUCUGGUUUGCGCUGCUUCGAACCUUUGCCGUCCCCGACAUCUUCGCCCUGGACGACCCGCAAACGGAUGAGAUUCAAGACGUGGUUGACAUUGAAAAAGAUCAACCGGGAGAAGUUUUCCGCAUGGAAAAGAUCAUCAGGGUCAGAGUUGUAGAGGCCAAGAUCAAAGCCAACCCGGCCGGAGUAGAGUGGUUCUCUCCAGAGAAAUGUGGCAGAAUGGGCCCAGACCCUCUCGUCGGCAGCUACCUGGCAGAAGUGAUCCUGGAUGGCGAAGUUAGAGCCAGGACGACUACCAAAAAGGACACGAAAAAUCCAUUCUGGAGAGAGGACUGCGAGUUCAAUGAUUUACCCGCGGUGGUGCAAGAUCUCUCCGUUAUACUAAAACGAGUCGAUUGUGGCUCUGACGGGUACUCAAAAUCGAUAUCUGCCCAGGAGAUCAUAUGCGGUAGCGUGAGAAUCGCCCUGGACGACGUAGAGAGGGGCCAGGCGCAGGAAAGCUGGCAGCCCAUUCUGGAUGACAGGCAGCAGAAUAUCGGGUCGAUGCUAAUCAAGGUCUUCCACGAAGAGCAUAUCGCCUUGCUAUCCAAGGAAUACGAGCCGCUGUCUGAGAUUUUACACCGUUUCCCUUCGGGUCUAACUACUCUCAUCUCUGCCUCUCUCCCAGGCCAACUGCGCACACUGUCGGAGUUGUUCCUCAACCUCUUCCAAGCUUCCGGUGCCGCAAGCGACUGGCUGAUGGCCUUGGUCGAAGACGAGAUUGACGGGAUAGGAAACCAGACAUCCAUCAAAAAGUACCGAUUUAGUAAUAGGCUAAAAUCUAGCGAGUCCAUGGAAUCUUCAAACGAACGAGAGUUGAUGGUUCGCGAUAUCCACAGGACGUUGGCAGGAGAGGCUAACCUCUUGUUCCGAGGCAACUCACUACUAACACAGUCUCUCGAAUUCCACAUGCGCCGCUUGGGCAAGGAAUACUUGGAAGAAAUUCUACAGGAUAAAAUCAACGAGAUCAACGAGUUAAACCCGGACUGCGAAGUAGAUCCGAGCAAGCUGAUGCAGACUGGAGGAGACUUGGAUCAACACUGGGGCCGUCUUAUUCAUCUCACAACAGAGAUAUGGCUGUGCAUCGCAGACUCGGCGGAAAGAUUACCGGCAGAGCUGAGGCAUGUUCUAAAGUAUAUUCGCGCUGUGGCAGAUGACCGCUAUGGCGACUUUCUCCGUACCGUCAGCUACACUUCCAUAUCGGGCUUCCUCUUCUUACGAUUUAUAUGCCCUGCCAUCCUUUCUCCAAAACUGUUUGGGCUAUUACGAGACCAUCCUAGACCGCAAGCACAGCGUACAUUGACACUCAUUGCAAAGGCAUUACAAAAGUUAUCAAAUCUAUCGACGUUCGGGAAGCGAGAGGAGUACAUGGAGCCAAUGAACCGUUUCUUAACCCAACAGCGGCCGACCUUUCGCAGUUUUAUCGACCAAGUCUGCGGUAUUCCGGCUGAUCGAGGCGGUAAGACUUUGCCUCCCAGCUACAUCACGCCCGUCACUAUAUUGAAUCGACUGGGGCCUACAGCGAAAGAAGGAUUCCCUAGCUUGCCAUAUUUGAUUGACCAAACUCGAGGCUUUGCGAGUCUCGUCAAACUGUGGGUGGAUUCACGGCCUAUCGAUGUGAAACAGGCACAAGUCGAUGGAGAGUUGUUGAUAUUCAAUGACCUGUGCUUUGGGCUACAAAAACGCGCCGAUGCAUGUCUUGCCAAGGUGGUUGAUUUCCGAAACAAGGAGACUCCGUCGUACAUGUCCCCCGAGCAACUGGCGGAAAUCUUGGAACAAGUCAACUUUACCGGACCAUAUCACCCAUAUUACGUGGGAAGUCCAGCCUCUAAGCCUAGUAGCUACGAGCAAGCUCCUGGAAGCUCCAGUAGCGACGGAGGCGGCGACUCAAGCUCGAAAAGACGCAGCAAGGAACUGAAGCGCGGAAGGGACGACGCAGAUACGAAAAAGGCCAACAGUCUCCGAAAUUCGAGUGGUUCAGCCAGCGGAAAUACGAAGCAGAAGAAUGGAAAAGUCGGUAGGACUCUGUUAAGCGGCCUCAUGAAAAUUGGCGGUGUAAGAUCUGAGAGUCCAGACACAAAGGGGCAACGAUAA